AUGUAUUUUCUUAUUCAUUUUAUUCCAACUGAUGCGAGAGUUAUUUAUAAUGGUAAACAAGGUGCACGUGUGUCUGAUCUGCUGACAUGGUUAGAGCAUCGUUUUCAUUUUGAAGCAAAUUGUAGUGAAAAAACAAAUAGACAUUUAGUAUUAUUAUAUAAUAAUACAACAUUAAAACGAGAAUGGUAUCUUCAAGAUAUUGGUAUUAUUUUUGGUUCAACUGUGAAAUGUGCUAUACAAGAAGAAAAAAUACCUGAUUAUCGUUUCUUUUUACCAAUACGUGGUGAAAGAUAUGAUGUUUUUGAUGAAAAAUUACAUCCAAUUGAUACAAAAAUAAUUGAAAUGCGUAUUCUAGCGAGUAGAAAAACAGGUUUACCAUUAUCGGCAUUUCGUUUAAUAAUAGAAAAUAAUAAUGAAUUAUUUGAUCAAUUUACAUUAUCAAGUUACGAUAUUGAACCACGUUCAACACUUAUCAUUCAAACAUGGAUUGGAUGGAGUGAUUUUUUCAAUUAUGCUGUUAAAGGCUAUACAAAAGCGGUAUUAAAAUUAUUGAGUCAAGAUGAACUCGUUAAACAGUAUAUGCUUCAAGUAGCAUUGUAUAUAGCUGCUCAUUAUGGCAAUGUAGAUUUGGCUCGAGCAUUGAUAAAUAGUGGUGCAAGAGCGGACAGACCCGUUGGACAUCAUCCAUCUCGACAAUGGUGUGCAUCAUUAUCCAAUCAUCCAGAUUAUUUUCGAUGUCCUGUUCAUGAAGCCAUUGAAAGUGCUCAAGUUGGUAUUAUUUUACUCUUUGGUACACAAUUAACUGUUCUACAAAAACCUGAUGGUUAUGGAGUGCCACCAUGGCGUCUAGCAUUACGACAAAAAAGUACAGAUAAUGUACAACAAGCAAAAUAUCGUGAAGUAGCAUUAUUUAUAUUAACAAAAAAUUUUGGUGGUGUUAAAAUAUCAAAAAAUGUAAUAAUAUUAAAUAGACAAAUGUAUGCAUUAAAAGCAUGGGCUGAUCGUGCGAGAGAAAAAUGUUAUCUAAAAUUGGGACCACAAUAUAGUUCAUUAAAAAAGAGACCGAUUAAUGCGGGUGGUUUACUGGGUUAUAAGUUAUUAAUUGACGGAUUUAAUAAUGAUUUUUGUGAUUUUUAUUCAACAGCCGAAUAUGCAAAAGAAAAAGCACGCACUGUCUACUUUAUAGAUGAUAGAGAAAAAUUUAAAGCUAGACAAAUGGAAAAUCAAUUGAAAAGUUUCAAUGUUCUAACUACUUUACAAGCUAAAGUUGCCAAUCAACAAUUGUCUAGAGGACAAGGUGGUGAUGCAAAUGUUGCCUUAGCAAAUAAAACCGGUGGUAAAAAACUUUGGAAUAAAGUUACUGGUAUCUAUAAAUUAGAAACAUUUUUGCUUCGAAAUGCCAUAAGUCUAAUAGAAUCGGGAUUAAUAAGUGAUGGUACAAGUGAACGAACUGAAGCGUCUCCAGAUGAUAAUACAAUAACAGAUAUUAAUGAAGCUCGUCCUGAGAGUACAAUACGAUCCAACAGACAAAAACAACAGAAAUUCUCUCAUUUAACAUUACCAUCACCUUUAUCACUUCGUCAACAACGAAGUCGGCUAAGUAGUGGGAUACAAUCGGCACGAUCCUCAGCACCAUCCGCAUAUAUACCUAUCAAAAUACGUUUUUUCACUGAUCGUUUUCGUCUUAUCAAAGAAAUGAUGUAUAAACCAGAUAAAGAUGGUCGUACAUUGAGACAUUUGAGUGGAAACGAAUGGGCAAACGUCAAACGUCUUGAAAAUGUUUGGCAUACACAACGUAUAAGUACUGCGGCUGUAAAAAAACCAAUUGAUCCAAAUAUUGCCAGCUUAAUUGCUGAAAAAAAUAAACGUAAAUUAGAUAUGGAAGAGAAAAAGAACCAUCCAAGGAAAAGAAUGAUCAUGAAAAAUGAGCAAAUGUUUGAAAUGAACAAGAGUACAACAACAAUGUCAUAUAACAAAAAGCCAGGAAAAAAGUAUCAUGGUGGUGGUCAUGGUCGACAAUCUAUAUUACCAGACAUAAAAGAAAUGAAAUUAUUAUUACCUAAAGAAAAAAAAGAAAUUGAUUAUCAAUUUCUUUUACGUUCUGACGAUAAAAUACGUAAUAAACUUAUUUUUGAAUAUGAAUCAUCGUCAAGUUUAUCAUUGUCUGAUUGUGCUUUGCAAAGUAUGAUUGAAGUAACAGAUUUUUGUCGAAAAUCUUGGAUCAAGAAGGUUAAUUUAGGUAUUGAAUUUGCUAUUAAUCACAGUAAACGAACAUUUGAUAUAGUAAACCAAGUACACUAA